UAACUCCGUUAUACCAAGGGCAUCUCGUUAAACCUGUAUCAAAUAGAACUCGUAUUCCCGUUUCAUAUAUUUUUAGACCCCAACCAUUACAGUAGGUAUUAAAUACUUGCUCUGGCUGGACCUUAGCUCACAACGUUGUUGAAUUUCUUGGAAUAUCUACGUAAGUACUUAAAUAAAAGUAAUAAAACAUAACUCUCCUUUGGUAAAGUCGGGUAAAAAUGAAGCAUUUCUUCAUAUUAUUUUGGUGUUUUAUAUUAGUGACUGCUGAUACUAGGAUAAAUGAAAUCCCUACACAAUUGAAUGCAACAAUACCACAAGAGACACCACUUGAAGAAACUGUACCAAAAAUCUAUGAAAUUCUAACACAAUUGAAUGUUACUAUACCACAAGAAAAGACGACACCACAGAACUAUGAAAUCCCUACACAAUUGAAUGCUACUACACCACAAGAAGAGACGACACCACAAAACUAUGAAAUGCCUACACAAUUGAAUGCUACUCCACCACCACCUGAAACAUGGAUACCACAAAACUAUGGUAUCCCUGUGCAGAUGAAUGACAGUAUUCCGGAUAGAGAGCCAAUAAUCUAUGGAUAUCUGACGCAGCAGAAUGACACUAUUCCGAAUAGACACCAAGAACCAAUUAAUGUUGGUGCAGCAGCUGCCUCAGCCAUUUUGCCCUUUUCGAAGUUCCAAGAUAUUUUUAAUAAAAAUGGUUGA